AAUAUUUAAGUUAAAGCGGCUAAAGCCUCUUAUUUUUUUAUAUUUACCAUCUUAAUUAGAACUAGAUCUGCAUUUUUUAAAAACAAUCAGCACAUUAUAUACUUAAACUAUAACUUAAUAUCAAUAAAUAUUGGAUUUUUUUUACAUCAAAGAUAAAAUUUAGAUCUAGUAUUUUUAAUUUUUACAUGGAGCACUGCAAAUUGUUUUUUUUCGCCCAAGUCUUCCUCGACUUUUUUGUAGUGGUCGCUGCUAAUUUCGACCCUUUCACAGACAGCAAUUUAUUUUCGAUCAAAUGGCAAGGUCACAUUGAAUUGACUAAAGAAGAGGUUGCGUCUCUUGGGGAUCGGCAUGUAAUGGUGACUACUAGUGAAAAAGAGUUUUAUCGCUGUAUACUUCCUGAUGAGAAAAAACAAUCUAAUGAUGAAGCAAAUAAUGAUACAGGUCCUACUGUUGAUGAAUUAAUAAGGCCCCUAUUUAAACAGGCCCACUGUUCAUAUAGGAUUGAAAGUUAUUGGACUUACGAACUAUGUCAUGGCAAACAUUUAAAACAGUACCAUGAAACUAAAGAGCAGGGCAUGCAGCCCAAAGUACAGGAAUAUUAUCUUGGCUUUGGUAAUCACAGGGAUAAUUUAAAAGAUGAGGAUAAGGUUUUACCAGCACAAGCUUCUAUACCAGUGCGUGAAGUGGAUGGUGUUGAGCUUCCCUUUUAUGAAGUUAUAAUGGGUGAUGGCACUAAAUGUGACUUAACCGGGGCACCACGUAAAGCACAUGUGCUAUAUGUCUGUCAGCCAGAAGGCAGAGGUGAAGUGUAUGAAUUUAAAGAGAGUUCCACUUGUGAAUAUGAAGUGAUUGUUCUCACUAGUUUACUGUGUAAGCACCCAAAGUACAGGCCCAAAACUCACCCUGUGAAUGAAAUUCGCUGCCAUGCAAUGUUUGGCUCACCUUUAAAACCAUCAGAGCUGACUCAGAUUGAACAUGAGUCCUCAUAUUUGCAGACAUCUGAACAGGAUUAUUUUAACCAAGAGCCUGUAGAACAAAGAAAGCCAAAGUUUAUCCACAAGAAGAAGCAGAGUGAAAAUCCUGUAGAGCCAAAAGUGCCCCAAGACCAGCAGUCCCAGCUUGGAGCAUUAACUGAUAAACAGACAUUGAGAGAUAUACUCUCAGGGAGUCAGUGCCUUAGAGGGGGUGCAGGCUGGUGGAAGCAUGAAGUAUGUUUUGGCAAGUUUGCCAAACAGUUUCACCUGGAAGUAGGGAGAGAAGCUAACAUCUUUUUGGGUCAUUGGAAUAAAGAAAAACAUUUAGCGUGGCUAGAACAAAAUCCACUUAAACGACCCAAACCUGUUGAACAUCGAAAACUGAUCUCUUUAUUCUACUCUGAUGGAGAUGUUUGUGAUUUGACCAAAAAACCUAGAAAUUGUGAAGUAAGAUUAAAGUGUAUUCAAAAUAUCAAGAAUCCACAUGCUGUUAUUUUAUCGCUAGCUGAGCCAGAAGCUUGUCAGUAUGUUCUAACUGUUGAAUCAGCAUUGUUCUGUUCAAUUUUGAAAGAAGCUGAUGACAAUGGGCUGCUAGAUCAUGUGGAGCUUUAACAAACAGCAGCAUGGAAUGGGGGCUAUGUCAGCAAACAGUGCCACAGGAUGUGGGCUCAUGUCAGCUUGAACAGUCUCUAUUUUUAAACACAUGUACUUUUAAAGAACAUUAAACUAGCAUUUGCAUUUUCUCCAUUUUUUAAACGACUGCAUUAUAAUUCUCACGAAAAA